CAAACUUUGGAUUCUCUGUUUUCUAAAUGGAUUGACCACUGAUUGGCAAUGACGGCGUGUCAGUUAAAUACGAUUUUGUGUUGGCUGCUUUUUACGCUACCAAUAGUGUCGGCCACCAAUAUCCGCCUUGUGGGUGGCAAGACGCCGUACUCUGGUCGAGUGGAAGUGGAGCACAACGGAGUAUGGGGAACAGUCUGUGAUGAUGACUUCACUGUCAACAGCGCCAAGGUCGUCUGCAGGAUGCUCGGAUUCACGGACAUGGGUUUAGCAGAAGUUGUCCCGCCACGCGUGUUUGGCCCAGGAAGUGGAGUUAUCAUGCUGGACAGCCUAAACUGCAUUGGUCACGAAGACGAUGUUGCAAACUGCUCGCAUAAUAGUUGGCAAACUACUGAUUGUGCACACAAAGAAGACGUCGGGGUCAACUGCCAAACACACUUGCGAUUGACACCUGGUUCUACCACACACGACGGUCAGGUGGAGGUGAACAUUUCUGGAAGCUGGAAACCAAUAUGUGCCGACAAUUUCACCAUAUCCGAGGCCAUGGUCGUCUGUGGAAUGAUGGGAUUUGGUUCAAACGGAGCGCAACUUUUUCAACCUCACACCUUAAGCAAGCAAUUCUCACCGAUAUCCUACAACUGUAAAGCUGGUGAAAAGGAUAUUUCCAUGUGUACUCGUUGGAAUGGUACAACAUGCUCUUCAUCAAGCGUAGCUUCAGUGAACUGUCGUACACCAAUUCGGCUUGUGAACGGCACCAGUGCCCAGUCCGGUCGUGUUGAGGUGGAGUAUAGGGGACAGUGGGGGACGAUAUGUGAUGACAACUUUGAUGACCUUGAAGCAAACGUCAUCUGUCGCAUGCUUGGCUACAGCACAAAAGAUGCAAAAGCAUUUGGUGGUGCGUACUACGGCGAGGGAAGUGGAUCAAUAUCCAUUGAUGAAAUGCGAUGUACGGGAAGCGAAAGUGACAUAUCCGAAUGCAAAUCAAGCGACUGGCUCUCUCCAUCGAACUGUCUCCAUAAUGAAGAUGCCUCUGUGAAAUGCAGGUCAGAGGUUCGCCUACAGGAUGGUCCAAUGCCGUAUUCUGGUCGACUUGAAAUCUUGAAUGGAUCAUCAUGGGAAACUGUUUGCUCUGACUUAGUUGAUAAUAAAACAGCAAUGGUUGUCUGUAACAUGCUGGGAUUCGAGCAAGGAAAUAUAACGGUUUACAACGAUGGGCGUUUCCAUACUGGGAGAGAACGAAUGAAAUUGCACGGCUACAGGUGCACUGGAAACGAAACAGACAUUGCUGACUGCCAACACACUGACUAUGUGGAAUCGUGUAUCAAUGAAACCAGUGUCGGUUUCAAUUGCUAUUCCAGAACACCGAUACGACUCAUCGGUGGAAAAAAAUAUUUUAACGGUAGAGUGGAAAUAUAUGAACGGGAAAAUAAUGCAAACGGUGCUUGGAGAGGAAUAUGUUACGCUGGACAAACAACAAGGGAUGCGCAGGUGUUAUGCAGAAUGUUAGGGUUUAGAACACAGUAUGCGUCCAUACACGAUGCCUUGGAACAUUACCAAUCGCAUGGCACUUUCGCUGCCAUCAGCGGUCUGGGGUGCAAUGGCGGCGAAGCAGACAUCACAGGAUGCACACCGGCUAAUAAAUGGACGCAUGGUGCGUGCAGUACAAAUGACCAUGCUGCCAUCAAUUGCGGACCCGAAGUACGUCUUAUGGAUGGGCAAACAAAAUAUUCUGGGAGACUGGAAAUCUUGAAUGGAUCAACUUGGGAAACUGUUUGCUCUGAUUUAGUUGAUAACAAAACAGCAAUGGUUGUCUGUAGGAUGCUAGGAUUUGAAGGAGGAAACAUAACCAUGUAUGACGAUGGGCGUUUUCAUACCGGGACGGGGGAAAUGAAAUCACGUGGUUACAACUGCAUUGGGAACGAAACAGAUCUAGCUGACUGCCAGCAAACUGAAUAUGAAGAAACGUGCGUGAAUGGAACAAGUGUCGGUUUCAAUUGCUACUCCAAGACACAAAUACGUCUGAUUGAUGGUACAACAGCAUAUAACGGGAGAGUUGAACUAUACAUUCCAGAAUCUACAACACAAGGGUAA